GCCUACCUUCUUUCCCUUGCUCGCGCUGUUUUCGCCGUAGCUCGUAUUUCUCGUCCAGGCGAUUCAGGUGAAGUGUCCAGCAACACAAUGUCUGUCCGCCCCUACUGCUUCUUUUUCUUCUCCAUUUUUCCGUGGUCAUGUGCGCGGGCCAUCAUUUGCUGAAGAUUGACAACUCUCGGCGCCUGGGUUAAGAGGCAGUCUUUUCAGGGUUCCCACGCCUAAUCAUUCCGUCACCGCUCACUCCCCAGUACGCUCAGCAACGACGAAUGUGCCCCGCCCUGCAGGACAACCAUGCUCUCAAGUGUCCUUGCUCGACAUUCGAUAGACGGCUCGCGACUGUCGUGGAUCUCCCCGUCGAGCUCCUGAUCCAGGUUUUCAUCUCUCUCACCGAAACGUCUGGCGACUACCCCUUAGCUCCGCUCCUGCUGUCGCAGGUCUGCCGCUUCUGGAGGGACGUUGUACUGCAUUUGCCGCAUGUGUGGCGAUGCAUAUUUUUACACGACACCCGCCCGGUCGCCGUCUUACAAGCGCAAGCUAACCUGUGGGCUGUGCGCUCGCUGACACAUUCACUCGAUAUACAUGUCCACCUCACCCAUGGUGACAAUCUCCUCCCUCUGCUAUCCCCUCUGCUCGCGCAUAUCCGGAGAUGGAGAAGGUGUAAGCUGACGGGGAAGAUAGAGGAGGAUAUAGACUUUGGCUCGUUCUCGGAAGAAGGCUCACUUGCGGUACUGGAUAACCUGUCCGUCAACAUACGAAGUUUAUUCGAAACGGAGGAGGCCUUGGUCGCAUCGUCUACUUCGAGAGCGCCCACCUUCGACCAUGGCUCUCCCCUACAUCCCGGUUCUCACACAUCUCGCUUUCACCGAGUCUAUAUGAAUGCGGAGGUGUCCCGACUUCCCCUCACACGCUACAUGUCUGCGGUAAAUCUUCGUAGCCUUGUCAUUCGGGAGACCUCCCUAGAGGUGGUUCCAGACCCUGUACGUCUGAUCAACUUCCUCUCCUGCUUCCCGGAGCUGCGGGUCCUUCAUUACUACGGCUUCCCUCACGAGCCAUCACCACCGAAAGACCGUUCCGCGGCACUCAUAGCCCACCUCCCACGCCUACACACGGUGGUCCUUCGUAGCAUCUGCGCCGUACGUGCAGUGCUCUCGCAUAUCGACGCACCAGAACUCGUCGAGUUAUAUCUUGAACACACAAACAUGGAGUUCGAGCUGCAUCAUGCGGCUGCGUUCACGGCGGAUCCGGAGGACGGAGACAGCGAGGACGAGAACCAUGACUUUUCGCAGUCACCCUGGAGCGAUCAUGCGACUGGUAUGGGCCUGCGAAGUCUUAUUCGACGCAGCAAGCCGCCGCUGGAGGUGCUAGAGAUGGACUAUGCAGACAUGCGCACCAAGGAUUUUAUGUGGUGUUUCGACCAUCUGGAAACGCUGCAGGAAUUCCGAAUUGUUGCGUCCGAUAUGUCCGACAAGGUCAUCGCCCUCUUCGCGCCCUUCCGGCCUGGCCUCGGCUGUCAGUCGUUAAACGACCUCGAUGUCGAAGAAGCGCCGUCUGCGUCCACUGCGGACAGCACCAUUCCCUUACACGUCAGGUUACCGAAGCUGUCUGCGCUAGAGUUGCGGAAUUGUCAGAGGCUCUCAGGAGAUGCGGUGGUCGACGCAUUAGGCGCGCGAGUGCGAUUCACGGACAAAGUCACCGACCGCAAUGCGUACGCAAAGCUUUCGGACGUUGCGAUUGUCAACUGUGCGAACUUUCUACCCCGACAUGUCAUGACCCUUUCGCCUGUGCUGGGUACGCGGUUGAGGACAACAGAAUGAGGACUGUGGUUAAGCUAAUGUGUUUAUUCUGGACGACUGCAUUGUUAUCUCGGAAGCAUCUCUACAUCGUGACAGCUGUAUCUUUAGCCGUAGUCUAGUUCGUUUUGGAGUGUCGAUAAUCAUAUCGAGUCUAUGUCCGUGC